CGUAGAAAUGAACGUUCUACAUUUUAUUUGUCUCGCGACUGGUGUAUUACUCGCUGCCGUUAUCUAUCGGCAGUAUCAACAGUUGGCUGCCCCAUUAGCUGUGCCCAACAUCGAGUUUUAUGAAUAUUGGGGUCCAGGAGAUGGUCAAAAUUAUAAGGAAAGCGAUAAAAUUGAACCGUUUCAAAUUUCUUAUGAUGAACAUGUGAUUAAACGUCUUAGAAGCAAGCUCGAGGAUGUCCCACAUUUGGCCGAGCCACUCGAAGGGGUUGCUUUCGAAUAUGGUUUCAACAGUGUGCAUUUGAAGGAGAUCCUCGAGUAUUGGAGAACUAGUUACCUCGAUAGGUGGGAUCAACGAGAAAAGUUUCUCAAUCAGUAUCCCCAGUUUAAAACUCAAAUCCAGGGAUUAGACAUUCACUUUCUCCACGUCAGACCACCCAAAGUGAAUAAUCCCAAAAGAAGAGUACCGCUGCUGAUGCUGCAUGGAUGGCCCGGUUCGGUUCGUGAAUUUUACGAAAUAAUUCCAAAGUUAACUACCCGUAGCGAUGAGUAUGAAUAUGUUUUCGAGCUGGUGAUACCGAGCUUGCCGGGAUAUGGAUUCAGUCAAGCUGCCGCCAGACCUGGGCUAAGUGCAGCCAAGAUAGCCGUUAUCAUGCAUAAUCUAAUGUCGAAGCUUGGGUUUCAUGAGUACUAUGUGCAUGCAGGCGAUUGGGGAGCUGUCAUUGGUUCAUUGAUGGGGGCCUUCUUUCCGAAAAAUGUUUUGGGUGUUCACCUUACCAUGUGCGUCAACCUGUCACCUCUAGCGUCAAUGAAAAAUAUAAUCGGUGGCUUCAUCCCCAACUGUGUAGUCGAAAACGAGGCACACAUUCCGUACUAUUUCCCUCAAAUGGACAAAUUCAAAACGCUGCUAGCAGAAACCGGAUACAUGCAUCUACAAUCGACCAAACCGGACACAAUAGGAAUUGCGCUAACCGGAAAUCCAAUUGGUUUGGCAGCUUAUAUCCUGGAAAAAUUCUCUGUAUGGACCAACCCUAGCUACUUGAGCCUAGCAGACGGGGGUCUGUACAAAUACUUCGAUCGUGAUGCCCUACUAGACAAUGUUAUGAUCUACUACCUGACGGACUCGAUAACCACGUCACAACGGCUGUACAAGGAGUACUUUAGUGGGGAAGCGAUCAAAAAUCAAUACGAUCGGGUACCAAUCAAAGUUCCGGCUGCCUGUGCCAAGUUCCGAUACGAGCUGAUGCAUCAAACUGACUGGGCCCUACGCGAUCGUUUCCAGAAUUUGGUACAAUCGAACCACUUCGACGAUGGGGGACAUUUUGCUGCACUGCAGCUACCGGAUGUGCUGUACCGAGAUAUUUUCGAAUUUGUAAAUCGGUUUUACAAAAGGGGAUUCUAAGUUUGUGAUAAGACUAAGAUUAUGUCAGGUAACAAAAGCGUAUUUGUUUUAAGGUAUGUUGGCAAUGUGAAUAAAAAACGAAUGAAGUAUAA